UUUUCUGGGGAUGGUGAUACAGGAAGUGCCCUUCGCUCUGCUAGUUCAGGUGCCUUAGCUUCGGAAUGUGCAGUGCCUCCAGCCACUCAAAGGGGCUUCUACCCGCCUUGGAUAAGCCCAGCAGCCAGGGUGCCCGGCGCGGAGCCUGGAUGGCCCGGAAAGGUUAGGAACGACAGCGAGAGAAUGGUAUGGACAUAAGAAGGGAGCUGCAGGAAACCCCAUAUGGCUCGUCCUCGUUAGUAUAGUGAGAGCGGAACAGGCGAGGAAAAGUAGUCCCUUCUCGGCGAUUCUGCGGAGGGAUCUCCGUGGGGCGGUGAACGCCGAUGACUAUAUAAGGACGCGCCGGGUGUGGCACAGCUAGUUCCGUCGCAGCCGGGAUUUGGGCCGCAGUUGUUCUUUGUGGAUCGCUGUGAUCGCCGCUUGACAAUGCAGAUCUUCGUGAAGACUCUGACUGGUAAGACCAUCACCCUCGAGGUUGAGCCCAGUGACACCAUCGAGAAUGUCAAGGCAAAGAUCCAAGAUAAGGAAGGCAUCCCUCCUGACCAGCAGAGGCUGAUCUUUGCUGGAAAACAGCUGGAAGAUGGGCGCACCCUGUCUGACUACAACAUCCAGAAAGAGUCCACCCUGCACCUGGUGCUCCGUCUCAGAGGUGGGAUGCAGAUCUUCGUGAAGACACUCACUGGCAAAACCAUCACCCUUGAGGUCGAGCCCAGUGACACCAUCGAGAACGUCAAAGCAAAGAUCCAAGACAAGGAAGGCAUUCCUCCUGACCAGCAGAGGUUGAUCUUUGCUGGAAAGCAGCUGGAAGAUGGGCGCACCCUGUCUGACUACAACAUCCAGAAAGAGUCUACCCUGCACCUGGUGCUCCGUCUCAGAGGUGGGAUGCAGAUCUUCGUGAAGACCCUGACUGGUAAGACCAUCACCCUCGAGGUGGAGCCCAGUGACACCAUCGAGAAUGUCAAGGCAAAGAUCCAAGAUAAGGAAGGCAUCCCUCCUGACCAGCAGAGGUUGAUCUUUGCUGGAAAACAGCUGGAAGAUGGUCGUACCCUGUCUGACUACAACAUCCAGAAAGAGUCCACCUUGCACCUGGUGCUCCGUCUCAGAGGUGGGAUGCAAAUCUUCGUGAAGACACUCACUGGCAAGACCAUCACCCUUGAGGUCGAGCCCAGUGACACCAUCGAGAACGUCAAAGCAAAGAUCCAAGACAAGGAAGGCAUUCCUCCUGACCAGCAGAGGUUGAUCUUUGCCGGAAAGCAGCUGGAAGAUGGGCGCACCCUGUCUGACUACAACAUCCAGAAAGAGUCUACCCUGCAUCUGGUGCUCCGUCUCAGAGGUGGGAUGCAGAUCUUCGUGAAGACCCUGACUGGUAAGACCAUCACCCUCGAGGUGGAGCCCAGUGACACCAUCGAGAAUGUCAAGGCAAAGAUCCAAGAUAAGGAAGGCAUUCCUCCUGAUCAGCAGAGGUUGAUCUUUGCCGGAAAACAGCUGGAAGAUGGUCGUACCCUGUCUGACUACAACAUCCAGAAAGAGUCCACCUUGCACCUGGUGCUCCGUCUCAGAGGUGGGAUGCAAAUCUUCGUGAAGACACUCACUGGCAAGACCAUCACCCUUGAGGUCGAGCCCAGUGACACCAUCGAGAACGUCAAAGCAAAGAUCCAAGACAAGGAAGGCAUUCCUCCUGACCAGCAGAGGUUGAUCUUUGCCGGAAAGCAGCUGGAAGAUGGGCGCACCCUGUCUGACUACAACAUCCAGAAAGAGUCUACCCUGCACCUGGUGCUCCGUCUCAGAGGUGGGAUGCAGAUCUUCGUGAAGACCCUGACUGGUAAGACCAUCACCCUCGAGGUGGAGCCCAGUGACACCAUCGAGAAUGUCAAGGCAAAGAUCCAAGACAAGGAAGGCAUCCCUCCUGACCAGCAGAGGUUGAUCUUUGCUGGAAAACAGCUGGAAGAUGGUCGUACCCUGUCUGACUACAACAUCCAGAAAGAGUCUACCCUGCACCUGGUGCUCCGUCUCAGAGGUGGGAUGCAGAUCUUCGUGAAGACCCUGACUGGUAAGACCAUCACCCUCGAGGUGGAGCCCAGUGACACCAUCGAGAAUGUCAAGGCAAAGAUCCAAGACAAGGAAGGCAUCCCUCCUGACCAGCAGAGGCUGAUCUUUGCUGGAAAACAGCUGGAAGAUGGUCGUACCCUGUCUGACUACAACAUCCAGAAAGAGUCCACCUUGCACCUGGUGCUCCGUCUCAGAGGUGGGAUGCAAAUCUUUGUGAAGACACUCACUGGCAAGACCAUCACCCUUGAGGUCGAGCCCAGUGACACCAUCGAGAACGUCAAAGCAAAGAUCCAAGACAAGGAAGGCAUUCCUCCUGACCAGCAGAGGUUGAUCUUUGCCGGAAAGCAGCUGGAAGAUGGGCGCACCCUGUCUGACUACAACAUCCAGAAAGAGUCCACCCUGCACCUGGUGCUCCGUCUCAGAGGUGGGAUGCAGAUCUUCGUGAAGACCCUGACUGGUAAGACCAUCACUCUCGAGGUGGAGCCGAGUGACACCAUUGAGAAUGUCAAGGCAAAGAUCCAAGACAAGGAAGGCAUCCCUCCUGACCAGCAGAGGUUGAUCUUUGCUGGGAAACAGCUGGAAGAUGGACGCACCCUGUCUGACUACAACAUCCAGAAAGAGUCCACUCUGCACUUGGUCCUGCGCUUGAGGGGGGGUGUCUAAGUUUCCCCUUUUAAGGUUUCAACAAAUUUCAUUGCACUUUCCUUUCAAUAAAGUUGUUGCAUUCCCAA